ACUCCCCGCCUUAACGCAGCUCCCAUUUAAAUACGGAUGGAAGGAGAACAGGUGCCACCUUUUUUCAUCUCUUGCACUUAGAAGCACACCUGACAAAUCUAUUUGCUGUUGGAUAUUUGUUAUUUUCUUGAUAGAAGUCAACACAACACAGAUUUACAGAAAUGUUCAAAAAAUGGUUCUUGGUUUUGAUGAUGGCCUGGAUGUUUAUGAACACCACCGGCAACGACGACCAGCCCUCUGAAGAUGGUGGCGAUGAAGAUAAUGGUGUUGAUCAUGCCAUGUGGGGUGAUGUUGAUAAGGAUGAUCACCCUGAUGAAAAUGAUGGUAGUGAACAGCCCGGCCAAGAUGGUGGCCAUGGUGAAAAUGUAAAAAUCUUGGAGGAAGUCAUCACUGAUGAAGGCUGUGGUAGGCAGCAGCUGUGUGCUGCUCAGCCUCCUGAUUGCAACCCAUCAGAGCAGGAAUCGUGUUUUUUCAUUUCAGCAGAACUAAUCGAUGAUGAACGCUUUGAGUUUUCGCUGUCAGGGGAGUCAGAUGGCUACGUGGCGGGCACGCUGUCCUCUGAGGGAAGAUUGGGAGAAAACAUCACUUACAUUUGUGCGAAAAACAACAGUCGGGUGCAGUUUUUUGGAGUGUUUCUCGUUGGUGACAAGCUGACUCAAACAUCGCUUCCAGUGGACUCUGUGAGGGGAAACGUCUCCAAGGGAAAGAUCCAGUGUACGUUCACGGUCUAUUCCUCUGAUAUGCCAUCGAGGGGUGCACGCAUGAGGCGUCAAAGCACCGGAGCACCUUCUUUAUUGCUGUCCGUCUCCAAUGGAUCCUUUGACACCGUUUCUGGUGCCCUUGGCACACCCACUUCAAGGUUGAUGACCAGCGUUGUGAAUUUGGCAAACCCCAACAACACUGUCAUCAAUAUCCUAAUCAUAUCUAACACCACCGGUAGUGGCCACUCCCCUAGCCUCCAGCAUUCAGUGACAAGAGCUCUACUGACCACUGCAGUUGUCCUCGCAGUGCUCGCAUUCUGAGAUGUCUGACACCACCAUAUAUGGCUAUAACAAUACUUUUCUUGUUCUACUCAUAAAAUCCUGUGAUUUCUUUUACUUCCUUGAAUGGGGUCCUUGCAGUACAUCAUUUAAAAAUCUACUUUAAGCAGAUCGAGAAUAUUUUAACUAACAUGAUGUAAAUAAUGAUUUGUAUUUUUAUUCAAUUGUCUUUAGUACAAACAAAUCUAGUUCUAAGUAGAUAAUAAAAUAUUUUAAUGUACAGAAAUAAACAAUUAAAAAAAACAUAAUAUAAUAAAUACAUUAAUGUUCAUGUGUAUAUUAUUGGGUUUGUAACUUUUUGUAUUUUCCUUUUGAUUUAUUAUUAACUUACAGUAGUCUGGAUAUUUGCUGGCCCCCGAAUUGAAAAAAAAGGGGGAACAAUUAAAAACACAAAUCGUGAGUCAAAAGACAUUGGGUAUUGGUUGGAAUUGUGCUAAAGGGUGUUGAACAAGUUGUACCAUUCUUUUGGUGAUUUUCUAAAUGUAUAUAUAUUUUGUGCCACAGUAAUAGACAGGGCUAUUUUGCAUUAAUCAUUCUUUUUUGUUCAUUGAUUUAAAUGGGGGAGCUUAUAGUGGGUUGUUCCACUGCAGCCAAAUCGAGCAGUCAUUAAAUACAUGUUUAGUUUUGUCCCGCCCAUUGAACAGUGAGUGCCUCUGGAAAUGUAAAAAAAAAAAAAUCAACUAUAUUAAUUGUGGCAGUCAGUAACAUUUACAUUUUUGGAUCAAAUGAAGGGAAGAUUUGGAUUCACUCAAUUUUAAGUUUAAAAAAUAAAAUAAAAGAUGGAAUCACCCUGUAAAUUUUGUACAAACCCCGUUUCUAUAUGAGUUGGGAAAUUGUGUUGGAUGUAAAUAUAAACGCAAUACAAUUAUUUGCAAAUCAUUGACUAUGCUACAAAGACAACAUAUGAUGUUCAAACUUAUAAACUUAUUUUUUUGCAAAUACCGUAUUUCCUUGAAUUGCCGCAGGGCAUAUAGUAUGCUUGCCAAAAUAAUUAGCGCAUGUUUAGUAUUACCGCCUGGUCAAACUCGUGACGUCACGAGUGACACUUCCCUUCUCAUCAUUUUCAAAAUGGACGAGGCUGAUUUCAAUACCGGUAAUUUGAAAUCGCAUAAAGGGAAGAAGAUUAAGAGCUAUUCAGUAGGAUUUAAGGUCCAAGCUUACAUCACACUCAAAUUUUUACUGCAUACCUUCGGUAGGUGCCGGAGUGAAAAGUGGUUUUAAAAUAAUUAGCGCAUGCUUACUUUUACCACAUGCCUUUGGUAAGUGCAGGAGUGAGAAAAGGUUUUAAAUUAAUUAGCGCCCCAGCGGCAAUUCAAGGAAAUACGGUAAUCAUUAACUUUAGAAUUUGAUGCCAGCAACACGUGACAAAGAAGUUGGGAAAGGUGGAAAUAAAUACUGAUAAAGUUGAGGAAUGCUCAUUAAAACACUUAUUUGGAACAUCCCACAGGUGUGCAGGCUAAUUGGAAACAGGUGGGUGCCAUGAUUGGGUAUACAAUCAGCUUCCCAAAAAAUGCACAGUCUUUCACAAGAAAGGAUGGGGCGAGGUACAACCCUUUGUCCACAACUGAGUGAGCAAAUAGUCAAACAGUUUAAGAACAACGUUUCUCAAAGUGCAAUUGCAAGAAAUUUAGGGAUUUCAACAUCGACGGUCCAUAAUAUCAUCAAAAGGUUCAGAGAAUCUGCAGAUAUCAAUCCACGUAAGCGGCAUGGCUGGAAACCAACAUUGAAUGACGUGACCUUCGAUCCCUCAGACGGCACUGUAUCAAAAACCGACAUCAAUCUUUAAAGGAUAUCACCACAUGGGCUCAGGAACACUUCAGGGAACCACUGUCACUAAAUACAGUUCGUCGCUACAUCUGUAAGUGCAAGUUAAAGUUCUACUAUGCAAAGCGAAAGCCAUUUAUCAACAACAUCCUGAAACACCGCCGGCUUCUCUGGGCCCGAAAUAUUCUAAGAUGGACUGAUGCAAAGUGGAAAAGUGUUCUGUGGUCUGACGAGUCCACAUUUGAAAUUUUUUGGGGGAAAUAUUCAACAUCGUGUCAUCCGGACCAAAGGGGAAGCGAACCAUCCAGACUGGUAUCGACGCAAAGUUCAAAAGCCAGAAUCUGUGAUGGUACGGGGGUGUAUUAAUGGCCAAGGCAUGGGUAACUUACACAUCUGUGAAGGCACCAUUAAUGCUGUAUGGUCCAUACAGGUAUUGGAACAACAUAUGCUGCCAUCUCAGCGCCGUCUUUUUCAUGAACGCCUCUGCUUAUUUCAGCAAGACAAAGCCAAGUCAGAUUCAGCAUGUGUUACAACAGCGUGGCUUUGUAAAAAAAGAGUGCGGGUACUUUCCUGGCCCGCCUGCAGUCCAGACCUGUCUCCCAUUGAAAAUAUGUGGCGCAUUAUGAAGCGUAAAAUACAACAGUGGAGACCCCGGACUGUUGAACGACUGAAGCUCUACAUAAAACAAGAUUGGGAAAGAAUUCCACUUUCAAAGCUUAAACAAUUAGUUUCCUCAGUUCUCAAACGUUUAAUGAGUGUUGUUAAAAGAAAAGGUGAUGUAACACAGUGGUGAACAUGCCCUUUCCCAACUACUUUGGCACGUGUUGCAGCCAUGAAAUUCUAAGUUAAUUAUUAUUUGCAAAAAAGAAAUAAAGUUUAUGAGUUUGAACAUCAAA